AUGAGCGCCAAAGGUUGUACAGCAAACUUGUUUGAUUAUACAAAUAGUAAAUCAGUUAGAGAUUUAGAAGAAGAAUCUGUGGAUUAUUCAUGGCAUCAACUACUUCGAGACGCAUUAAUGAGUAUGAAUUCACAAACGCAAGAAUGUAAACUAGAAAUGUUGGAUUAUUGCCGUUUAUAUUAUCGUUAUAACCCGACAUAUUUGAAACAGAUUGAUGAAUUUGAAUGCACAAGUGAAGAUAUUGAUGGAUUAUAUAAAUUUCGCUUUUUCAUUGUUGCUUUAUGUCAGAAGUUAACAGAAUUAUUUAAAAAGAAUUUUGAUAUGUAUUGCGAAUCAUCAAUAGAGACAAUAUACGUCUAUCGUGGUCUGACAUUAGCCAGUAGUGAAAUUGAACAAUUAAAACAAUCAGUUGGUAAACAUAUAAGUACAAAUGGUUACUUAUCAACAAGCCUUCGUCGAGAUAUUGCAGAAACAUUUGCUGCUAAUGUUUUAUUUGAGAUUAUAAUUGAUGCCACUAUGGAUGGUAUUGUUUAUGCAGAUAUAUCCCAAUGGAGCACGAUAUCAGAUGACGACGAAUUUCUCUUCGAUUUGGGUUCAACAUUUCGGAUUACAAAUGUCAGGCAAGACAAAGAAAAUAAAUGGAUUAUGUCGAUGAUCGCAACUGAAUAUUCAAAAAAUGAUUAUAUUGAUAGAGAACGACAAGUAAUGUUGCACAAGCAAAACAAUUCUGUCAGUUUUGGACAUUUUUUAUUCACUAUGGGAUAUAGAAGUAAGAGUAUUGAAUAUUUUCAAAAAGCAUUACAACAAACAUCACUUACCACAAAUGACAAGCAUGACAUUCUCUAUGGUCUUGCAUUAGCUUAUAAUGGGAAUGAGAAAUAUAAUUUAGCAUUAAAAUGUGCAAUAGAAGCAUACGAAAUCCAUUUAAAUUUAUCUCCUUACGAGAACGAUGCUGCAUUAGAAUAUUUCGUUAAAGGGUUACAAAGUCUUGAUGGUGAUGGGAUUGAAUGGAUAGAAAAGCUUCAUUGCAGUAUCGCCUGUGUCUAUACUAAUCAAGAAAAUUAUUUAUAUGGUCUCAAACACAGUCAACAAGCAUUGGAAAUAACAAAAGAAUUUUGUCUAACAGACCAUAAUCAGUUAAGCAUUGUACAUGAGAACAUAGGUCUAAUUUAUUAUAAACUACCCAAUUUCAUUCUCGCUACCGAACAUCUAAAAAAAGCUUUAGUAACAGCGAAAAAAUUUCGUACAAAAAAUCAUCCAGAUAUCAUAUUAAUUAAUCAACAGUUAGCCAAUGUUUAUUCAGAUUCUAAAAAAUACGAAUUAGCUUUACUUUGUAAUUUCAACGUUUUAGAAAUUGUACAACGUUCAAAAAUAAAUAAGCAGUGUGUUGAACUGGCUACAGUGCACGAAGAUGCUGGAAAGAGUUACUGUAAACUAGAACAGUAUCAUCAAGCCAUUGAACAUUAUUUAUCCCUGGAAAGCAAAAGCUGGAUUCAGUAUUUGAGCUCUUUACCAUAA